AUGCUUGAACCUCUGGAAAGACUUCGGAAUGCUAUAAAGCAGGGUAAUUUACCGAUAACGAAGAGGUUAUUGCAUAGAUUUCCCGAGUUAUGGUUGAAUAAAGAUUCUCAAAAUAACGGAUGGAGUAAUUUACAUUAUGCUUCGUACCAUGGCAAUUACUUGAUCUGCUUCCAUUUAGUGUCAUUUAUUAAUAAGAAUUUGGGAGAUAUACAAAAGCAUUAUUCCAGAAUAGACUUACUUUCAUUCGAUGAAUUAAGUGUAAUUCAUUUACCAUUGAUUCACCACCACUCACAGACAUUGCAUUACUUAUUACAGGAGUUCCCGGGAGAACUAUGGUUGAAUCACCCUGGCGGAGAUUUGAAACAAACACCAUUGCAUUAUAGUUGCAUUUAUGGAUUUAAAGAGGGUAUCAAGUUAUUAUUAGAGUUUGGGGCAGAUUGGAACGCAACAGAUAUAAACGGUAAUACUUGCUUACAUUUAUGCUUUCAGUAUGGAAACUUCGAUUGCAUUCAAGAUUUAUUGAAAUUUGUGCUAGUAUGUUGUAGAGAUAAAGAUGAAGGCUUAGAGGUAAUUGAAAAAUUCGAGUCAACCAAGAAUGAAAAAGGGUGGCUAGCGAUUGACUACGCAUACUCAUUUGAAUUGGUUAAGCAAUAUCGUUUUUUGAAGCAGGAAUUAUUUGCAUUUAAUCAAGAGUUAAGCGGAUCAAUGCAACUAAACUCAGAGUUCACGAGGUCGAGCUCUUCUUUCAAUUUAAGCAAACAGCCAUCACAGACUUCUUUACAAGAAAACAAAGUUCUCUCCAGCCCAAUCAUUCCUAUGUCGCAGUCACAAUCACAGUCACAACCGCAGACCCAACAAGAUCAACGACAAAGUAAUAAGAAUGAGAAUGAGAAUUCUCAAACAUCAACAACAGUAUCAAUCAAGACUAGAGCUCAUUCACAAUCCUUACCCAACGCAGACCCUGUCGCCGAUAUUUAUUCAAACAGGAAUAAAUCUAUAAGUACAAGGAGAAGGUCAAAUACUCUAUAUAACUAUAGACCACCAAAUCCAAUUAAUGCCAGCUCCCCUCGAAACUCAGUUGGUGGCCCACACACUCCAAUAACCACACAGGCAGUAUUAAACACCACACCUUCAUUGAAAUCAGUUACUAUAUCCCCUCUGGUAAGGAGUAAUGGUAAUGACAAUUCCUCGUCUCCUCAGUCUGCUAUUUCCAUGUCUUCAGGCAUCAGUGCAUCUCCUAGCCAUUCAGCAAUUCGCAGAAAAAGCAUGAAUAAUUUGGCAGUAAACCCUAUAUCUAAUCAAAUCAACGAAGAUCGUGAUCAGAGGCCACCUUUUCUUUCAGGAUCGAUAGACACGAGAACCUUUAUCGUGGAUAGAAAUCCUAAUAAAUCCGAUUCGACUCCCUCACCCUCAAAGCAAUUACCUGAUAUAAUAAGAUUGCCUAGAAGAUCAUCAUCUACUAUGUCAAUAGGUGCAAAGCUCGCAGUUGAUAAUACUAGCCCAAACAGCCUAGAACGUGAAGAGUCGAGUACUCCAGCGCCAACGGCUUCAAAUGACACUAUACCUACGUUACGAAAGGCUAAAUCGUCAACGACAGAUUUAAGCUCGUCUAUUUCAAGACAAAGGUCUACUAUUUUACAAAGCCCUGAAGUUGAAAACGAUAAUUUGAAACGAUCGAAUAUUAGUAGUAUUAGCUUUAGUCGAGUAAGAUAA